GACUGGCGGAACAAAAGCAGAUUGCUACCCCUUUCUCCCUGUGUGGGCUUUUGUGCUUUUCCCCAGCAGCCGCAGCAGGGCUGAUCUCGCCGCCUCUCCUCAAUGCCGCCUGCAUUGGGAAGAGAAGCGGAGCUGUAGCUUCACUGGUCCUAGCUGUGGUCCAGGAUGCAUCGGCUGAUAAAAGAAGAAUCUAGCUACAGAACGAGCAGCCUUGAAAAUGCAACUCGAGAGCAGAGCAAAGAAAAGUUGCACAUGAAACUCUGCAGUGGGUCCUGCCAUGCUGAGCAAAUCCUCCAGACUCUGAACUCCUACCGGCAGAGUGGCAUCUUCACGGACGUGGUGCUCUUGAUUGAUGGGCAGGAGUUCCCCUGCCAUCGGGCCACCUUGUCAGCCAACAGCACUUACUUCCGGGCCAUGUUCGGUGGUAGCCUCAAGGAAGGCCAUCAAGACAUCAUCAACAUCCAGAAGAUCUCUGCCUCCACCAUGAGCCUCCUCCUGGACUAUAUGUAUGGGGGAAACAUAGUCAUUCAGGAAGACAAUGUUGAAGACAUCUUAGAGCUAUCCAACUUGCUUCAGAUCUCCAAGCUCACAGAUGCGUGUGUCACCUUUCUUGAAGGCCAGCUUCACCCAUGCAACUGCUUGGGCAUCCUGAAGUUUGCUGACUCAUUCUCCAUCAUCUCCCUGGCUGAGAAGAGCAAGAGGUUUAUGCUAGAAGGCUUCGUGGAGGUGUCAUGUCAUGAGGAGUUCCUGGAGCUGAGCGUGAAGGAGCUGGUCAAGUAUUUGUCAGAUGAGCAGCUGGUAGUCCCCAAGGAGGAAGUGGUCUUCGAAGCGGUGAUGCGGUGGGUACGGCAUGAUGUUGCCACCAGGAAAGGAGCUUUGAAAGAUCUCCUUGAGCACGUGCGCCUCCCUCUGCUGGAUCCCAUGUACUUCCUGGAAAAGGUUGAAAUGGACGAGCUCAUCCAGGACUCCAAGGAGUGCAUCCCUUUACUGCACGAAGCACGGAAGUACUAUAUCCUUGGGAAUGAAGUCAGCUCUCUGCGGUCAAGGCCUAGGAGGUUCAUGGAAUUAGCAGAGGUCAUAGUAGUUAUAGGCGGCUGUGAUAAGAAAGGCCUCUUGAAGCUCCCCUUCACUGAUAUGUACCACCCGAAGAGCAGGCAGUGGACAGCUCUCUCUAGCGUGCCAGGGUACACCAAAUCGGAGUUUGCAGCCUGCACCCUAAAGAAUGACGUGUAUAUAUCAGGAGGGCACAUCAACAGCAGCGAUGUUUGGGUGCUGAGCUCCCAGCUGAACGUCUGGAUCAAAGUUGCCUGUCUGCACAAGGGCAGAUGGAGACACAAAAUGGCGACUCUUCAGGGCAAGAUCUACGCAGUGGGGGGGUUUGACGGCUUUUACCGCCUGGCCAGCGUGGAAUGCUACGAUACGUUCUCCAACAGCUGGUCGGCUGUCGCCCCUUUGCUGGAAGCGGUGAGCUCGGCGGCUGCGGUCCCCUGUCUGAACAAGCUCUACGUGAUUGGGGGCGCUGUGGAUGACAGCGCAAACACAGACAAGCUCCAGUGCUAUAAUCCUGAGGAGAACAAAUGGACAUUCCUGUCUCCUACCCCCUUCUAUCAGAGGUGCAUUAAUGCUGUCUCCUUGGACAACAUGAUCUACGUUGUGGGUGGACUCCUGAGUAAAAUCUUCUGCUACGAUCCCAGAAAAGACACCUGGAGAGAAGUGGCCACUCUCCCAGGACCUCUGGAGAGCUGUGGGGUGACGGUGUGCGGUGGGAAGAUCUACAUCCUGGGCGGCCGGGAUGAGAAUGGGGAAGGCACGGACAAAGCGUUCACCUUUGACCCAGUGACGGGGAACGUGGCACAGCAGCCCCCUCUGCAACGCUGCACCAGUUACCAUGGCUGCGUUACCAUUCUCCAGCGCAUGAGCCGAUGACCCUGCCGCUUUCUUCCCCUCCCCAGGAAGAAUCCCCCUGGAGAAGGCAGUUACCCUCAGUGCCAAAAAAUGACCCUCUGUCCUGUUCGUUACUGUUAUGUGCCAGUCUAUGUGGAAGAGCAACGUCAAGUGACCAGUGCAGGCAUGCUGUGGCUGUGAGGCACCAGCCGGAAGGGAGGUGGGGGUGCGGGUGAGGGGAGUCGCGACUGCAAAUAUUAAGUCAUUGCUGUCAUUGUUUUGGUGGAGGUGAAUGCUGCUUUGUGCUGGGGCAGGAGGGAUGUGGGCAGUGCAUAACAUACGGGGCAGGGAACACUGCGCUAAGACCAGUAGGUCUCAAGUAAAGCUCGUCAGCAAUUUUUGGACAAAACAUUCUUAUUUUUUUUGUCAGAACCAAAACCGUUGGCAAAACGGCGUCUGAUUCGACAGAGUUCCAACUCCGAAAACUUUCGGUUUAAAAAAAAGGAAAGUUCCAGUUGUUCCAGACUAAGUGAAUUUUUGCUUGUAAAUUUUAGU